AUGAAGACACUUCUUAUCUUCGUCCUCUGUCUCGAGUCAGGCUCAGGUGUGAAUGUGAUUGGAUAUGCUGGGGGUAAUGUAGAGAUCAGAUGCCCCUAUGCUGAAGGGUAUGAGGGACACUCUAAGUAUCUCUGCAGAGGAUCUUGCCCUGCUUCUUGGAUCUUUCACAACAAAGACAUUCCAGUUCAAACUCUACAGGGGCAGACUCAGGCUAUACACGGCAGUUUCACUCUGGAUGAUGACACCACUGCUAGGGUCUUCACUGUGACCAUCACUGGACUGACCGCAAAGGAUUCUGGGAGGUACUGGUGUGCCGUUAAAACAGGAUUUGGAGCGGGGGAUGAGUACACCGAGAUGCUGUUAGAAGUUGUCCAACCUGUGACCGAACACUCAACCACAGAAUCUGUCACACCGGAAAGGGGAACUUUUAACCCAAGUGGACUGGCAGGUCUCAUCGUGGGGCUUCUUCUGAUCUUAAUGACAGUCGGUGGGCUAACGCUGCUGUACCUGCGAAAGACACACAAAGACACACAGACUUUAGAUCAUCUACCCACAUGUACAGAAACCUUUGCCAAAUCAUCAAGAUGCGUGGCAGGAGCGGGAACCCACUCUCCAGUUUCAGCUCCCCAGCCAGCUCUGGACCCCUCCACCACCAGCGCCGCCCGACCCCCUCAGACCGACCCUGAGCCCCGACCCCCUCAGACCGACCCUGAGCCCCAGGCCCUGAAGCCCGACACGGCUACCCCCAACUCUCUGUAUGAGAUGAUGAGUGCCGUGCCCCUGAGCAAGGCCAGGGCGGCCAGGGCGGCCAGGGCGGCCAGGGCGGCCACGUCAUCUUCGAUGAGGAGCGUUGACAAUGAGUACAUCGUUAUGGGGACUCGUCCACCAGGAGUGGCCUUAUGGCCUUGAAACUCAAAGUUGUCGCCUGAAAGAAUCUGUCUGGAUCUUCUGUGUUUGUGUUUGUUUGUUUUGAGUUUUGAGUUGUUUGUUGUUUUUGUUUGUGGGAGAUUGUUAUGCACUUGCACCGAUGCAUUGGUGCAUUGAUAGAUUCCUUAGCCAAGGAUCUCUCCUGAAAAGCUCUAACUGAAUCUUUUAUUUUUUGGUUGUUGUUCUGAAGGUUAGGAUGUGAACCGAUUGUUUGUAACUGUAGUUUAUGGUUUGUACUUUGGCUAUUGUACUGAUAGAUUUAUCGCUGUGACAAACUGUAAUUGGUUGUCAGAAUGUUUAGUUUGGCAUAACAGCAACUGUCCCACCACUAUAUGGAGCUGUUAUGAUUUGUUGUAAGGCAGUGGUGUUAAACAUGACAACUACAAAUUAUGAAAACAUUUGUUGACUGUAAGCUGUAAUAUAAAAUAUGACAUACAAUGUAUAAUGUACAAUAUAUGUAUUUAUUUUUUUAUGUAAAUGUAAUGUAAU